CCCGAACAUCUCACUCACCUGUAUGGAAGCGGAGGGCAGAGUUUCUGAGCGCUUGUCUUAACUCGAUAACGGAGUCACCAUGGCAGUUGUGGAACCAGUGAUGCCCGUGAACCACUUCCAGACCUUCCCAGAUCAUCAAUUUGCUGUGGAUGCGCGCAGCUGCGUAAAAGCUCCACGGAUCGAAGUGGAGUUCAGCAUCGUGGAGUCUCCACCGCCGCCGCCGCCGAAGGACGAGGACGAGCUGGGGAAAUUCGUCGACAUCGAGUUCAUCUUGUCCAACUCGAUUUCUUCCGAGAGCAGCGGAGCGCGGCAGGCCGCAGGUGGCAUCUCCCCAGCGCAGCAGUCGUGCGCAUACUCGCUGCCGGAGUCUCCGCAGAGCUGCUCAGACCGCCUCUCUCCUCACCUGGUGCCAGACUAUCACGUCCGAGGACUCAUGGCUGAGCUCCUCACUCCGGACGUUGGCUACUCGGCGGAAACCCCACCGGACAGACGGGAAUACACCGAGCUGCGCGCUAACUGCCACGCGUCAUCCUCACUUGGAUACAAAAUCAAAACCGAGCCCACGGAACAGUCCUGCAUGGUGCUCACUCCAAGUGGGGACUAUGUCCACCCUGCUACAUUUACGCACCACCCUUCAGCCAUGGACUUCGGCUUGCAGCACAUGCAACAAGAACAGUACCACCACCAGAACCAGUACGCGCCGUAUCCGCCACAUUACGCGCAGCCCUGCUUUCCAGAGCAGUUCAGAGAGCUGCAUCCCCAUCACCACCACCAGAGGGCGAUGCUCACCCCUCCAUCCUCGCCGUCACUCAUGGACUUUUACGCACACGAUGACGUCGGCGCGAUCAAGCAGAAGCGGGGUCGCAGGUCGUGGGCGAGAAAACGCGCAGCUACGCACAACUGCGAGUUCCCCGGUUGCGGGAAAACCUACACUAAGAGUUCUCACCUGAAAGCUCACAUGAGGACACACACAGGUGAAAAGCCCUAUCACUGCAACUGGGAAGGCUGCGGUUGGAAGUUCGCCAGGUCCGACGAGCUCACACGCCACUUCCGGAAACACACUGGACACAGACCUUUCCAGUGCCACUUGUGCGAGAGAGCCUUCUCCCGCUCUGACCACCUGGCUCUCCACAUGAAGAGGCACAUGUAGACUCUUCCACUUGUUGAAGCCAUACUUCUCUGUGCCUCAUGGACUUUUUGUACAUUUGUUUAUACCACUGUGCUAAAUUAUAGUUAGAUAUUUAAUCUGUCAGUAAGUUAUUGACAGGAGAACUGACCACGGGCUGGACCCAGAAGUGUGUGGAUGAUGUUUACAUAUCCGGUCAGGGAUUGCAUUUUUUGCUAAACGGCACACAUUCCUUACGGACGUCUUUUAAAUGAAGGAAUGAACUGAUUCUUACUUAUUUUUCUUGUUUGCCAAGAAUGUACUUUUUUGUAUGAA